AUGCCCCUCAACUAUCUGCCGUCUCCGAUAAGGCUGCCUCGUUCGUUAUCUAUGUUAUCCCCCCUACCGUUUAUUUUCAGAUUUGACCCUUUUGCUAUUCUCCUUUGCAUGAUGAUAGCUCUGGUGGCUGUAUCCAUUAAACUCACCAGUAUCUACAUCGCUUCCAACUUCUCAUACUCAAUUACAAUGGAUACAGCUCUUCAGCAGUUUGGAGUAUCAAGUGAUUCGCCUGGUGUGGUUUUAUUAGCAGAUAUGUAUAACUUGAAUGUGAACGAUCAGACAUUAUCGGUACACUGGUCCAUCGUAGGGGCUUGCGGCCAAGCAUAUACAAAUGCCUCAAACAAUAGUUGCAUUCAAAAUUCUCUCGCAAAAUCAAUGGACCUGUAUCUCAACGAGAAUGCAACUUCAAACUGGAAUGCAACGACUCCUAUAGGUUCUUACGAUGCAUCCGUAUUGCAAAACCCUCCUGCAGUAAACUACAUUGAGGGCAGAUCGUCUGUACCUUCCUAUGAUUUUGACUCAGUUUUACCAAUGGAUCCGUUCCUUCCAUAUACCAAGGAUAAACAAAUAUCAAUUUUGUUUUAUCCAUUUGACCAAUUCCAGACCUACGUUUCGCUCCUUGCCAUAGAUCCGGAUGAUGACUCGACCCUUGCAAUCGCCGGAGUUGUAGGCUACGGUACUAUGGUUAACUGGGUGGGACACAACACUUUUUACGCAAACACUACAAGAGAUGGUACAAAAUAUAGUGUUGUGCUUACCGUUCAACGUCAUAGAAUGGUGAAGUCUUUUGUGGUCCUCCUCAUCCUCACCAAUUGGAUCUUGUCGCUUACCAUCUUAUGGAUGACGAUUCUCGUCCUUUUUAAGGCACAGGUGGAUACAGGGAUCAUCCUAUCAUCUACUGCAGUCCUAUUUGCACUGCCUCAGAUACGUGCAAGUAUGCCUGACUCUCCCCCAUUUGGCGGGUUCAUUGAUAUCGGAGGAUAUUUCAUGAACGUCUGGCUUGUCAGCGCUUGCAUGUCCAUCCUGCUAUUCUCCCAACUUCGUUAUCACUAUCGACCUCUGGUCACAAUGUCUGCACUCCCGUUGCCAACAGGCCCAUACGACGAGACAGCACCGUCACAUUUCGAUUCUAAAUGA